CAUGCAAGCGCAUCACUAGACUGUUUUUAGGGACGUUGUUGCAUUUUGGUUGGUUCGUCCCUUUUUUGAAGGAAAAUAGAGAGGAAUCCUGUGCACAAAAGUUGAAAAAAGUUGAAAAAUGUCGUCUUCGCAUGUGGCCACAUCCGACACGUGUAUUGCGCGCACCUGUCGCGUCUGCUAUGUCCCCUACACGAACUGCUACUCGCUCUUCAAGCCAAACAUGGUUUGCGGCCAAAUCACAACGCUGGCUCGGGUACUCAGCUACUGCGUGGGCGUCGAUGUGCUCGAGGAGGAGGACUUUCUGCCCGAUCACAUAUGCGGCGGCUGUGCAACGAAUCUCGAGCAGGUCAUGGAGUUCAAGCAGAAGGCUCGCGGCAUAGAUCAGUUCCUAAGAGAGCGCCACGAGAAGUGCACCGCCAGUCUGCCAAUCAGUGAGGUGAAACUGGAUGCACAGCACGCGGCAGAGCUGAAUAAUGUGCUGGAAAUAGCCGAGGAGGAACAGGAGGAGAGCAACCUGCUGGCGGGCUGCGACAUUAUUGAGGAGGUGCCCGAAGAUGAUAUGCACAUGGCAAGCCACAUUCCAGAAGAUCUAUACGAGAUUGUCGAAGAGCAGCAGUUGGAGAAGGAAUCGGAAGAAGAGGAGGAGCAGGAACAGAACCAGGAGGACACCAGUGAGGAAGAGCAGCAGCAGCAGGAGCAACAGCCAGCAGUCAGAGCCCGAACCCGAACCAGAAGACCAAAGCCAAACUCCGCUCUGCUUCAGUGUCAGAUCUGCAACAAGCAGCUGAGUACAUCCAACUCGUUCAAGUACCACAUGCAACUGCAUGGCGAUGCCAAGCCCUUCGCGUGCAGGAUCUGCGGGGAGUCCUUCAAGACACGCAACGCCUUUGAUGGGCACAUAACGACCCACGAUCCAAAUAAUCCCAACACCUGCAACAUAUGCGGUAAGAUCUAUCGGCAGGCCUCGUCGCUGCGCACCCACAUGCUCGGCCACAAGGGGCACAAGCCGUACCAGUGCCCCCUAUGCGGCAAGCGGCUGACCCAGAAGUCCGGCUACAAGAAGCACAUGCUGACGCACACCGGCGAGAAGCCGCACACCUGCGACAUCUGCCAGCGCUCCUUUCGCUACUCGAGCAAUCUCAUUGCCCACAAGCGCUGCCACAGCCAGGAGAAGCCGCACGAGUGCCAGGUCUGUCACAAGCGCAGCUUUGCCAACAGCUCCGAUCUGACACGCCACAUGCUGGUCCAUUCCAACGAGCGUCCCUUCAAGUGUCUCGAUUGUGGCAAAACCUUCAAGCGUCAGAUAUCCCUCAAUGUUCACAUGAAGUCAAAGAAAACAGCGGCCAUGGAGUCGUCCUCUCCGGAGUACGACGAGGAGUACUGAAAGAACUAAUGUAACACGGUAUAAUGAUUAGGUUUCUAGGCCUGGAUCAGAUCAGACACCCAAAAAUCGGUAGUAAACGGAGGCAUACGUUCUACUCAACCAGGCCCACGGCCCAAUCAUUGUCUCGUGUCAAGUUCAUAUACAUAUAUGCAAACGUUUUCCUUUGGUAGAGCUGUGUUAAUUGCUAUAACUUUAUCUGUAACAUUCAGUUCCUUGAUCGUGGCCAAUAACAUAAAUUAUUUGGAUAAGAAAAGCACGAGGAGGAGCUGUCGUCAUAUUAUGACAUAUGAUUUGCAUCCUAAAUACCAGAUGCCAGUAUGCAAUGCAUGUAUAAAGCACCGAGCACAGAGCACAGAGGUGGUGGUCUGUCUUGUUGAGUAUUUUAGUUUAGAUUUUGUUCUUUAUUUUAGGUAUUUCCCCAUUUGUAUAACAAAUUUCAUAAGUAUAGAGUUACAAAGGUCAAACAACGAUCCAACGAUCUGGUUAUCCAUUUUCCAUUAUAUUUUGUUUUGUUUUUGUUUUGUGUGUCCAAUAUAUAUGUUUAUAUAUUUGUAUGUCUAGCCUUAACAAGAGGGGCGGGUAGAGGUAGUGAGAGGUCGCUAAGGGAGCAAGCAAUUAUGGGACUGGACUUGUACAACUCUCGAAUGUUUCUCUGAAUGGCGCGCGAAUCUCAAUACGAAGGGAGGGGCCAAAUAUAUAUAUAUAUGU